CGCAAGAGCGCACGCGUGCUCGACUGGCUCGUCAUUGAGCAGGCGCAGUUUCGUGUCGCCUAGAGGGGGCGGGUGGAGUGGCGCGCGCUGCGUCCGGGAUCUCGGCUUCCCUUCGGCGGAUCCCGCCCUUCGUCGCGGCGGCGCGGUGCACCUUGGGAUAGGGAGCGAUCUCCGAGCGAGGCAGCAAGAUGGACGCGGGAUUUUUCCGCGGAACAAGCGCAGAACAGGAUAAUAGGUUCAGCAACAAACAGAAGAAGCUACUGAAACAGCUGAAAUUUGCAGAAUGCCUAGAAAAAAAGGUGGACAUGAGCAAAGUAAAUUUGGAGGUUAUAAAGCCUUGGAUAACAAAACGAGUAACAGAAAUCCUUGGGUUUGAAGAUGAUGUUGUGAUUGAGUUUAUAUUCAACCAGCUGGAAGUAAAGAAUCCAGAUUCCAAAAUGAUGCAAAUCAACCUGACUGGUUUUUUGAAUGGAAAAAAUGCUAGAGAAUUUAUGGGAGAACUAUGGCCCCUACUGUUAAGUGCACAAGAAAACAUCGCUGGAAUCCCUUCGGCAUUCCUAGAACUGAAGAAAGAAGAAAUAAAACAGAGACAAAUUGAACAAGAAAAAUUGGCAUCUAUGAAAAAGCAAGAUGAAGACAAAGAUAAGAGGGAUAAGGAGGAAAAAGAAAGCAGCAGAGAAAAAAGGGAGCGAUCUCGAAGCCCAAGAAGACGCAAAUCCAGAUCUCCUUCUCCUAGAAGACGAUCUUCUCCUGUCAGGAGAGAGAGAAAGCGCAGUCAUUCUCGAUCUCCCCGUCACAGAACCAAGAGCCGGAGUCCUUCACCUGCUCCAGAAAAGAAGGAGAAAACUCCAGAGCUUCCAGAACCUUCUGUGAAAGUAAAAGAACCUUCAGUACAAGAGGCCACUUCUACUAGUGACAUCCUGAAAGUUCCCAAACCUGAGCCUGUACUAGAGCCUAAAGAACCUUCUCCAGAAAAAAAUUCUAAAAAAGAAAAGGAAAAGGAGAAGACUAGACCAAGAUCUCGAUCUCGUUCUAAAUCAAGGUCCCGGACACGUUCUCGCUCUCCUUCUCAUACUCGACCUAGACGGCGUCAUAGAUCCCGAUCAAGAUCAUACUCACCUAGAAGGCGCCCUAGCCCAAGAAGGCGGCCAUCUCCUCGAAGAAGGACUCCACCAAGACGGAUGCCUCCUCCACCAAGGCAUAGAAGGAGUAGAUCUCCAGUGAGACGAAGAAGGCGCUCAUCAGCAUCUUUGUCUGGGAGUAGCUCAUCAUCCUCUUCGUCUCGUUCCCGGUCUCCGCCAAAGAAGCCACCCAAGAGGACAUCCAGCCCCCCUCGGAAGACUCGUAGGUUAUCUCCUUCAGCAAGUCCUCCUCGGCGACGACACCGACCAUCACCUCCAGCAACUCCACCGCCCAAAACUCGUCAUUCUCCAACACCCCAGCAGUCAAACCGUACACGAAAAAGUCGUGUUUCUGUCUCUCCAGGAAGAAGUUCAGGUAAAGUGACAAAACACAAAGUUGUAGAGAAAAGAGAGUCCCCUUCACCAGCACCCAAGCCUAGAAAAGUAGAGUUAUCUGAAUCGGAAGAAGAUAAAGGUGGCAAAAUGGCAGCAGCAGAUUCUGUGCAGCAGAGACGCCAAUACAGGCGACAAAACCAGCAGUCUUCAUCUGACUCUGGCUCUUCGUCUUCUUCAGAAGAUGAGCGACCCAAGAGGUCCCAUGUGAAAAAUGGUGAGGUAGGCAGGCGGCGGAGACAUUCUCUUUCCCGGAGUGCCUCUCCAUCACCACGAAAACGUCAAAAAGAGACUUCCCCUCGUGGUAGGCGGAGGAGAAGUCCUUCCCCACCUCCUACCAGAAGGCGACGUUCUCCCUCUCCGGCUCCUCCUCCUCGGCGACGCAGGUCUCCCACACCACCACCACGGCGAAGGACUCCUUCUCCUCCCCCACGUCGGCGCUCACCUUCCCCAAGAAGAUACUCUCCUCCAAUACAGAGGAGAUAUUCUCCCUCUCCCCCUCCAAAGAGAAGAACGGCCUCUCCUCCUCCUCCUCCAAAACGAAGGGCAUCCCCCUCUCCACCACCAAAGCGUAGGGUUUCUCAUUCUCCACCUCCCAAACAAAGGAGCUCCCCAGUUACCACAAAGAGACGCUCACCUUCACUGUCGUCAAAGCAUAGGAAAGGGGCUUCCCCAAGCCGAUCAACCCGGGAGACCCGGUCACCACAACCAAACAAACGGCAUUCGCCCUCACCACGGCCUCGAAUUCCUCAGACCACCUCAAGUCCCCCUAUUCGAAGAGGAGCUUCAUCAUCACCCCAAAGAAGGCAGUCCCCUUCUCCAAGUAUUAGACCCAUUAGGAGAGUCUCCAGGACUCCGGAACCUAAAAAGACAAAAAAGGCUGCCUCACCAAGCCCACAGUCUGUAAGGAGGGUCUCAUCCUCUCGGUCUGUCUCAGGAUCUCCUGAGCCAGCUGCUAAAAAACCCCAAGCACCCCCAUCUCCCAUCCAGUCUCAGUCACCCUCUACAAACUGGUCACCAGCGGUACCAGUCAAAAAGGCUAAAAGUCCAACACCAAGUCUAUCACCGGCAAGGAAUUCGGACCAAGAAGGAGGUGGAAAGAAAAAAAAGAAAAAGAAGGAUAAGAAACACAAAAAGGAUAAGAAGCACAAGAAGCACAAAAAACAUAAGAAGGAGAAGGCUGCGGCUGCUGCCGUUCCUGCCGUUCCUGCCGCCAUUGCUGCUCCCACAACCACGUCAGCACAGGAAGAGCCGGAGGCAGAGCCAGAACCUAAGAAGGAAACUGAAAGUGAAGCUGAAGACAACCUGGAUGACUUAGAAAAGCACCUGCGUGAAAAGGCCCUGAGAUCAAUGAGGAAGGCUCAAGUGUCCCCACAGUCUUAGAUGGAAAUGUUUGUUAGGAUGUAAAUUUUAUUUGGUUUGUACGCAAUUCAAUUUCAAAAUUGCUGGAAAAAAAAAUGUGUUUGAGCUUUAGACUAUAACAUUUGUUGUAAUAAUUGCUAGGUUGAAGUUCACCAUGUAAAAAAAGGGGGCAUGGAUUUACAUUGCAAAAGGGUAUCCACGGUGUAUUAGUGACAUUUUUUUUUCAUUGACAGCUGACAUAAAUUCAUUUAGAGUGAAAAUUUUAAGCCAAAAAAAAAUCUCUUUUUUAAAAAAGGGGAUUUAAAUAUGGUUGGCAUUCACAUCAUUCAUAUGGUUUCUUUAAUAAAUGCCUCUGGCGCUAGUCCCGGUGGCUCUUUUUUUUUUUUUCUUUUUCUUUUUAACUUUCUCAUAUGAGUCUUCAAUAGUACCCAUUUAAGUUAUGCUUCCAACCUUAUAUUGAUAAGUUUGCCCAAAACACUGUUAAAUUACCACAAAAGUAUAAGUGAACAUUUUCAUGCAACCAUCUUUUCCUGUUGCCUGCGGAGUCUCUGCUGAAGUGAAUCAGGAUUGGAGUUCUCGGAUGGGACUGAGGAUGAGAGCAUGCUGUUUGCCAGGACGCUGGGCCUAAUGUUGAUGUCCAACAAAUGGAUUUGGAACACUGGAAUUCAAUUCUACUCUACUUGGUUGGGGUUUGUUUUUGUUUUUGUUUUUCUCUCUUUUUUAAAAACAAUUAACUAGUCCCAGGAAGGAUCCUUCAAGUUAUAGAAAAUUUUGUUUUCUGAAAUGUCAUGGCUCAUUCAUGAUUUUGUCUUGUUCUUCCAAUUGGCAUACAGUUUUCAGAGCUCUUGUGUUUGAAAGGCUGGAAGGGCCCAGACUUUGAAAUAGUGUCUUGUUUUCACUGUUUCUGUUUUUUUGUUUUGUUUGUUUCUCGUUUUUCAGUUUUUUGUUUUUUAAACUAAAGCUAUAUAAAGCUUGUGGAUUAAACAAUAAAUUUCUAAAUUUAAAAAUGUUUGCCACUCU